CUCUGGGAACACGAAACUACUGGAAUUAUUUCUGAUUUGCUUUCUUGCUGGAUAACUAGCAUUUGCGCAGUUUUGAUAGUGAAUUGCAACAAGUGUGGACUUGGGAAAACGCGCAGAGUGCCAUUGGGAAGUACGGAGUCUGAAUUAUGCAACGCAUUGCAGUUAUUGGUGGCACCGGCAUGACCGGAGAGUGUGCCGUAGACCACGCCAUAGAGAAAGGUCUGACGGUGCGCCUACUUUAUCGUACAGAGGCCACUGUGCCCGAACGUUUCAAAUCCAAAGUUCAACUGGUGAAAGGCGAUGCCACCAAUUACGAUGAUGUAAAGCGCUUGAUUGACGGCGUGGAUGGCGUCUGUGUUGUUCUGGGCACCCGUAACAAACUGGAGGCCACCACCGAACUAUCACGUGGCACGGAGAACCUCAUUAAGGCAAUGAAGGAGGAAAAGCUCACCAAGUUCUCCAUUGUCAUGUCUUCGUUCUUGUGGCGUCCCCUUAACGAGGUGCCCGCUGUAUUUCACCGCCUGAACGAGGAACAUAAGCGCAUGCUGGAUUUGACAAAGGCCUCGGGAUUGGAUUGGAUUGCCAUUCUGCCACCGCACAUUGCCGACGAACCGGCCAGUGGGUAUACCGUGGUUUACGACGAGGCACCAGGACGUCUAGUUUCCAAAUACGAUCUAGGAAAGUUCAUUGUUGAUAGCCUGGACCAGCCGGAGCAUUAUGGAAAGGUUUGCGGCAUUGGCAAAAGCCCAAAAAGUGCCUAAAGCAAUCCAUCAUAAAUUAUCAAAAACAAAUCCGACUGCUGUGCAUAUAAAUGCGAAAUCAUUUCGGAUUUCUAGAAUAUUCAUAUUCAAGCCUGUUAAGUCAAACUAACCAUCUAUAUAAGUACAUACCUUUAUGUAAUGUGAGCGAACGCACAAUAAAACUUUCCAUUCUGAAUAA